AUGAAGAACCCUAGCUUUGACUGGGAAAAGUUAAAAGAUGUAUUUUAUAGAAAUAGAGCCAUUGGCGAGUUGAAAUGGCCAACACAAUACGAAGACUACAGAUGUGCAUUGUCAUUAACCGUCAUUGCCGUAGAGAUUCAAGACUUUCUACAGGUAUACAAUUACUUUGGACAAUUGCUAGGCAAGAUCAACCUACAGAAAAUACAUGAAGAUGUAAUAAAGUUUGAAUUUGACAAAGACGAAAAGCUGACACUGGUUACCAAAAAGUCUAUAAAGAUUGUAAAAAGUUGGUCGCCGCUAGCAAUGGAAAGUGUGCCGUUGGAAGAUGCAAGCCUGGACACGAUCUGGGAUUAUCAUGGCGGAAUCAUGCUGUUAAAAGAAUCUCGCGAUAUAUACAAGUUAAACGGAAAUCAAUGGGAACUUCUUUAUAAGAAUAAAGAUAAGAAAUACAAUUUAUUGACGAAGAACCAUUGGAGUUGCAAUGAUGAUUUUAUCAUUCUUUUAGAUGUGGACCACGUUUAUCAAAUAAGUACUUCAAAUGGGACACUAUUGAAGCUAAUUUCAGAUUCAUCAUGGCACAACUUAACUAUCUCAUCUAGAGGAUUUAUCUGUCUUUAUAACAUGAAGUACAACAAAUUGCAAAUUUUCAAAGAUCCAACAAGAGUAUUAAUGGAACACGACUUGGAUUCCGCACCAGAUGAUAUAUGCUGGUGUGGAAAUGAUACUAUUGCUUGCUCCUUCGAAGAUGAAAUCAAAUUAUAUGGACCGGAUGGCCUGUAUGUCACAUUUUGGUACCCGUUUAAUGUAACUAAUUUGAGGGCGGAAAUUGAUGGUUUGAAAGUUAUUACUACGGAGAAAAUUUACUUUUUAUCAAGAGUACAACCUCAAACUUCUAACAUCUUCAGAAUUGGUUCCACUGAGCCAGGGGCUAUGCUUCUUGACUCGUUCGGUUUACUGGAGGACCACGCACCCAAAGCAAUUGAAAUCCUGAAGAAUUUCGUUCUAGAAAAGGGUGUACUAGAUUGUAUUACCGCCGCAGUAGACGAAUUCGAACCCAAGUUGCAAAAAACAUUAUUGAACGCUGCUUCCUUUGGGAAGGCUUCCUUACAAUAUAAGUCCUUCAAUGCGAGCAUAUUCGUAGACGCCUGUAAUACGAUAAAACUAUUGAACUGUUUUAGAAGUUUUGGUAUUUUCUUGACCGCGGAAGAAUACAAGAGCGUCUCUUUGAAAGGUGUCAUUGAUAGGCUGUUGGCAUAUCACAAAUAUUAUGAAUGUAUACAGAUAUGCAAACUGGCUGAUAAACGGUUUCUCUUGGGAUACGUAUUUACGGAGUGGGCAAAAGACAAAAUCAAAGUUAGUUCUGACAUGGAAGAUGAUGAAUUGCUAGAGACAAUUAAAUCUCGGCUGAGUGCUAUAAAGGUUAUGGAUACGAUACAGAUGACUGCUAUUGCCAAAGUGGCAUAUCUUGAAGGAAGAUUCCAGUUAUCCAGAAAUUUGGCAUUGUUAGAGAAAAAUGAGGAAGCUAAGAUUGAGCAACUUUUUGACCUUGAUGAUGAUAGUAUAGCUUUAAGGGAGUGUAUUAAGGUACAGAACUCCGGUUUAACAGUUUCGUUGUUAGUUGCACUCUCAAGAAAGCUAACAAACUCUCAACUGACGAAGCUUUUGAUCAUUGAUAUGUUCAACAACCCCUUGUAUCUCUAUUAUAUGAGGGCAGAUAAAGCUUACUUGUACGAUUUUUACCGCCAAACAGAUCAAUUUAUUGACUUGGCCCACGUAUUAUUGCAGCAAGGAAAGGAACAACAAUCUUUGCACAGCUUUUUACCGCAAGUUAAAGAUCUUUAUGGCAAAGUACAGAACAGUGAAUUGGCCAAUGAUGUCAUGGAACAGCUCCAAAGACAAGAAAAACUAUGGAUAUACCAGGAGUCCCUAGGCAAAAGAUUUGGUAUCUCAUUCACUGAUAUGACAUUGGAUCAGACACUUUCAAAAUUGAUUGAAACAGGACAAGAAAAACAAGUGAAAGAAAUAGUGAAGAAGUUCAAAGUAAGUGAAAAAAAGCUUUAUCACUUAAAAUGUAAAAUGUUAGUAGAAACUAAGAAAUUUGAUCAACUACUUCAGUUUGCUCAAUCGAAAAAGUCACCAAUUGGUUACAUGCCCUUUUAUAGAUACUUGAAAACGAGAGGGCAUGUAAACGAAGCUGCCCCUUAUGUCAAUAUGAUAUCUGGUCUUUCUUACCAGGAAAAGAAGAAGCUUUACAUUGAUUGUAGGAGUUUUCGCGAUGCAAUUCAACUAGCGGGCAAAGAGAAAGACAUACCGGGACUGAAGGAAAUAUACAAUAUUAUUCCUUCUAAUGAACCAGAAUUGAAGGCACUUACAAAUGAAACAAUGAGUAGGAUAUAG